CUGAAACUAAUCAAACUAUAAACUAUAAUCCAAAACUCAUCUCCAUUCUGAACUCUUAUUGCUCUGAAAAUGUCAGACAUUCCAUCUGAAAUCUACCGCCAAAUACUCCUUCAACUGCCCGCCGAUUCCCUUUUCCGCUUCAGGAGUGUUUGCAAGGAAUGGUGCCGCCUCAUUGAUGAUCCAUCUUUCGUCAAAUCCCACACACAAAAUCAAAUCUUUUCAAGCACUCUUCUUAUCAGAAGCUCUAGUUCACGGUUUCAUCUCUUAGACUUUGACUCGCUAGAAUUCACUAAUGACUUACAAGGAGACGGCCAGAUGGUUGAAGCAAUUCCCGUGAAGCAAUUGGUUCGUCGUGACGUGCCCCGCUUACAGCGUCUUCCGGUGAAUUCGUGCAAUGGGUUGGUUCUUAUUUCUACUUAUGACACUAAGAAGAUAUGGGCGGUUUGGAACCCGUUAACUCGAGACUGCCAUCGGUUGCCCCUGCCCGAUUGCUCUAGCUUUUCGUUUUCGGCUUCGGGUUUAGGUUAUGAUCAUGUUUCUGAUGACUAUAAAGUUGUUAGGAUGGAUAAAUUUUGCAAAACUCUUCUUUACAGCUUAAAGUUGGGUUCUUGGAAGAGAAUUAAGGAUUGUCCUUAUGAUUGUUUCCGCAUUCUUGGUCGGUACAGUGGGGUUUGUGUGAAUGGGAAAUUGCAUUGGUAUACAUGUGAAAUGAUCAUAACUCUAGAUCUUGUGACAGAAGAAUACAGCCAUAUACCUCUUCCCCCCGAAUCCUCAUCCGAAGAGAUAACUUAUAUGUCUCUGAAUGCUAUUAAUGGAUUAGUAAUUUUGAGUUACAGUUACUUAACAAGCACCGGGUGUCAAUUUGAAGGAUGGGUGUUGCAAGAAUACCAAGUAGAUUCUCCUUGGAACAAACUGCUCUCAUUUCACUUUCACGGUUUCGAGUCACUCAAUCUGGUGGCUUUCCUAAAGAACAAAAAGCAGGUUAUUCUGGAGCAUGAAGAUGGUUUUUUUGUUGUUGAUAUUGAGAGCAAUUCAGUGAAGCAGGUCAGAGUUGAUGGCCUCAUUGGAAUUUCUUCUCAAGUUUGUCCUGGAAGCCUCUACCGCCUCGACGAUCGUGGCAUUACCCGUAACCGAUCUCUACUUCAACAGGUGUGAAGAGGAAGAGAAAACAGACCAAAAACAGGACUAUCACAAGGCUAAAGGUCUAUGUAAGAGAUGAAAGUUGCCAAGUCUAGAUCCCAGUUACAGUUGCGAGGUUGAUGAGUAUUGAAAAAUCUUUCUGAAGUUCUUCCAUGCUUGUUUUUGAUGGAAUCUAUGGAUGAAUAGUAUAUAGC